AUGACUGCAAGUCGUUUAAAAAAUGCAUCUAUAAUUAUUCAAGAUCUACUCAAAGAUUAUGAUAUUCGUUUACGUCCAUCAUUUGGAAGUGAACCACUUUUAUUAGAUAUUGAAAUUCGUUUAGCAAGUUUUGAUAGUAUAUCUGAAGUAAAUAUGGAUUAUACAUUAACACUUUAUUUAAAUCAAUAUUGGCGUGAUGAACGUUUAAUAUUUGGUAAUAAAAGUGAUGAAAUGAUUUUAACUGGUGAAAUUCUUGAUAAAUUUUGGUUACCUGAUACAUUUUUACCUAAUGAUAAAAGUGCAUAUUUACAUGAUGUAACAGAAAAAAAUAGAAUGAUACGUUUAUAUGGUAAUGGAGAAAUACUUUAUGGUAUGAGAUUUACAAGUACAUUAGCAUGUAUGAUGGAUUUACGACGAUAUCCACUUGAUAGACAAAAUUGUACAGUUGAAGUAGAAUCAUAUGGUUAUACACAUGCUGAUGUUAUUAUGCGUUGGAAAAAUGGACGUGCAUCAAUAUUAGAUCUUGAUAAAGUUCAAUUUCCACAAUUUACUAUAUUAGAUUAUGAUACAGUUUCAUAUGUAAUACAUUUAGCAACAGGUAAUUAUCAACGUCUUUCGUUAAGUUUUAUUCUUCAACGAAAUAUUGGUUAUUUUUUAUUUCAAACAUAUCUUCCAGCAGUUCUUAUUGUUAUGUUAUCUUGGGUGAGUUUUUGGAUUAAUCAUGAAGCGACUAGUGCACGAGUAACAUUAGGUAUUACUACUGUUUUAACAAUGACAACUAUAUCGACUGGUGUUCGAUCAUCUUUACCACGUAUAUCAUAUGUUAAAGCUAUUGAUAUUUAUUUAGUAAUGUGUUUUGUAUUUGUAUUUGCUGCUCUUUUGGAAUAUGCAGCUGUUAAUUAUCUUUAUUGGGGUAAAAAAUCUAAAAGACGAAAACAAAAAACUCAACAAGACAAAUCUAAAGGAAAAAUUCAUGAUGAUUAUGAUUUAGUUGAAAUAGAUAUUGAUCGUGCAUCACCUAUCAUUGGUCUAUAUUCUAAUACUUCAGUUAAUUGUAGAAAAUCAAGAAUAACAUCAUUUGAUGAAAAUCAACAAAGUAAUCAUGUAAUUGAUACACAAUCACCUCGUAUUCGACCUUUAGUCAGAGGAAAUCCUGCUUUAUAUCCAUCAUCAUAUAAUCGAAGUCCACGUCCACGACGAAAUUAUCAUUUUUUAAAUUAUCUACGAACGCGUACAAUAAAUUUGCGUCAUUCUAUUCCACAUAUACAAGAUGUCAACGAUAUAGAUAGAUGGUCACGUCUUUGUUUUCCUAUUCUUUUUAUACUAUUUAAUGCUUUAUAUUGGCCUUAUUAUAUAGUUCGACCGCAAACAUUUACUUAA